GUUUUGAUGCUGAUGGGAUUGGAAGGAUGCCUUGCCUCAAAUGUUGACUCGAUGGAAUGGAAGGGAAAGAAUAUUCAGUACUUCAACAGACCUACAGCUUUAUUUGCUCAAUCAGCUGACUGCCUACCUGGAUUCUACAAGAUGAUCAUGCAAAAUGAGAGCUGCUAUAUGUUUGUGACGGCUUUACUACCAAGGGGUGAAGCAAGUGCAUUUUGCACAGAAGGCGCACUUGGAAAUGGUCUUGUUGCAGUUGAAACUGAGUUACAUCAUGCAUUCAUAGUUGGCCAGAUUGUAAUGCAGAGAGAGCUCAGAGCACCAUUCAAUACUUUAAAUCAAUACUGGACAAGUGGCUCAAAUGUUGCUGAUGGUACAUGGACAUGGACAACAACACUUCGACCUUUUAACUACACAAAAUUUUGGGAAGGAACGGGUCAGGAUCCAAGUGGCUUUGUCUCAUUGUAUGACAAUCGUGCAAGCAACCCCUCUCUUUACUAUGACUGGUUUCCUUCUUUCGCUGUCGAAGAAGUACAUAGAUCUAUUUGUCAACAUUUUAUUGUGAAUUCUGAUUCUAAGGCAGAGUCAUAGAAAUAUAGAGGUGAAAUAUUGCUCACAAUUUGAACAAUUGAG